GCGGCCCGAGUUGCGGGAGUUGCGCGGGGGCCGCGGCCCGGGCGAGGCGGCGCCGGGUGCGGAGCAGGGGGCUGCCGGGGGGGCGCCCCGCCGGGACAGCGCCCCGCCGCCGCCUAUGAGGGUGCCGCGGGGCCGGGCGAGCCAUGGACGGCGGCGGCGGGGCGCCGCCCGCCCUGGAGAAGAACGCGGCGGAGCUGACGGUGAUGGACGUCUACGAUAUCGCCUCGGCCGUGGGGCAGGAGUUCGAGCGGGUGAUCGACCAGCACGGCUGCGAGGCCAUCGCCCGCCUCAUGCCCAAGGUGGUGCGGGUGCUGGAGAUCCUGGAGGUGCUGGUGAGCCGCAACCACAUCAACCCCGAGAUGGAGGAGCUGCGCCUGGAGCUCGACCGCUUGCGCCUGGAGCGGAUGGACCGCAUCGAGAAGGAGCGGAAGCACCAGAAGGAAUUAGAACUGGUGGAGGAUGUCUGGAGAGGGGAAGCACAGGACCUUCUUACCCAAAUUGCACAGCUGCAGGAGGAGAAUAAACAACUGAUGACAAACUUGUCUCACAAAGACAUUAAUUUCACAGAAGAGGAAUUUCAGAAGCAUGAAGGAAUGUCAGAGAGAGAGCGACAAGUCAUGAAGAAGCUGAAGGAAGUGGUAGAUAAACAGAGGGAUGAAAUCAGAGCAAAGGACCGGGAACUUGGACUUAAAAAUGAGGACGUAGAGGCUCUUCAGCAGCAACAGAACAGGUUAAUGAAAAUUAACCAUGACCUGCGGCACCGGAUCACCGUUGUUGAGGCUCAGGGGAAGGCGCUGAUUGAGCAGAAGGUGGAGUUAGAAGCAUAUCUGCAAACCAAGGAGCAGGAGAUGGGCAACCUGCGAGCAGAGCUGGGGAAACUGAGGGAAAAACUGCAGGGUGAGGACAGCCAGAAUGGGGAGGAGGAAGUAAAGAGAGAGCCAAACAAUGAUGACUGCCUCUCAGAGUCUGAAAAGAUGGCAAUGGACUUAAAAGAUCCGAAUCGUCCAAGAUUCACCUUGCAGGAGCUCCGGGAUGUCCUUCACGAGAGGAAUGAAUUGAAAUCUAAAGUGUUUUUACUUCAAGAGGAGCUUUUAUAUUACAAAAGUGAGGAGACAGAAGAAGAAACAAGAUCCCCUCAACCUACGCCCAUAAUUCAGUCAAAACCCUCAACUCAGCCUGAAUCUGGAAUCAAACGACUGAUCUUUACAGCCAUAAUGCCCAUGGUAGCAGCUGGAUUGAUUCCAGACGAUCCCACAUUGCAGCCAAUAAGAAGACUUGUGUCCCUUGUUUAGUUUCUUCUCCCGUGAUAAGAAACGUAUGCAGGCGUCACAGAAAAAUGUCCACUUCCAGGAUACUUUCGGAGAAUGGUCAAAUUCAAAUAAAGAUGACUCCUACACUGAACAAGGACAAGAAGCCCUGCAGCACCUGUGACUAAAACCUUGAGGCGUUCAGUUUACCAUAGUAGAUCUCGACAGUCUAGUAAGAAGAAGCUUCUGUAAACAAAUCUGGCAGCUCAUCACUUUUGUUUGCCUUGCACACCUCUGGUUGUGUUUCAGAUGUACUCUUCCAAAGGGAUCCCUCACCGUUUACUUGGUGACUGUUGGCUGGAAACAGAAUCCAAGCUUUGUAGUAACAGUCGCUGAUACCCUGGGACACCGAAGCUUCUAGAUGACUUUUUUGUGCUGAAUAACAAGUCUAUGGUCUUGUUCUUGCAUUAACUACAGUAACACAAGCUUCUUUAAACCAAAAAAAAAAGGACCUGUGCCAUUAUUAGAAGUUUGUUUGCAGUGUACAAUAUCUAGUGGCAAAGACUCUUUUACCUUGUUUGUUAACACUGUCGGUUGUUUGCUUUUUAUUUCUGUAAGAAUUUUUUUUAAGAGGGAUACGACAGCUGGCCACUCUCCCUGGCAGGUCAUAGCGCUGCUGUGUCCUGUCAGGUUCAGCUGGCACCUGCAUUUUGCAGAGUAACCCCUUGGAAAUCCACCAGAUACAAAUUGAUAAACUGGAGUAGCCUUGAGAGGGACAGUGAGUAUAAAUUUCCCUUGCUGCUUAUAGUGCCUAAAGCAUGAAAAAACCGAUGUACGAGGUGAGCGUGCCUUGCAUUUUGCCAUGAGUUCUGCAGUAGUAAUGGAAAACAAAUUGCUUACAAGGAGGAAUUCUAACACUUGAAGUUUUUCCUUCUUACUAGGGACUUCCCCUGCUACAGCAGCAGGCAGCAGCUGUGGGGGAAUUGGAUCUCUUUCCCACAGACAGGUUUUUAAUUAAGUCACGCUCCACUUUUCAGUCUAGGUAAGACUGCCUCACUUCAGAGUGAAAGACAUCCUGAACUAGCUGACAUGAACUAUUUUAACUGACUGAGGGAUGACCCCAGCUCAAAACAUUUUCUCUGACUAGCCUGAACACUACUUGGGCAGAGCGGAUGAAUUUUAUCUGUGUGGGCUGCUCUGCUGGCGUUGGUCGAUGUUUGGGGAGCCCGCAGUUACAGGGGCUUAACUGCCAGCUGAACUGCCGGGCGGCGUGGUUGGGGUCUGCUUUGCAAUCAAGCUUGCGAGACCCUUGGAUCUGACUGAGGUUGUACUUAGAAAAACCACAAAACACUAAACCCAGACAACAUAACUGUUGCGUACAGCCCGGUGUCAGCACGCACCCUGCCUCUGCACUACAUGCUCCACAAAGGCACCCGGCCAGGCCGGAGAGGGCAAGCGCAGCUGCUUGGGAGAUGGGUGCGGAGGUCUGUGUGACCUGUGUGCUGGGAGAGUCCAUGCCGGAGCACCACGCUGCUGGUGAGGAGCAUCUCAUUGUGGCAAGGCUGUAGGCAACUGCUGCACGUGUGGCUUAGCAUGGGGGGCUGUGAGCUGCCACCAGGCACCUUACCCCCAGCAACGACAUCUGCUCUGUGAAGAGCCUCCUCUCUGGAGAGGCACUAAGAACAGGCUGGCGUAAAGCUCCAGCUACCCCAGGUACUGAACGCAGGAGGAGGUCCUGAAGCAAUCCUAGAUGAGAGCGAGCCAGAGGGUUUAGUGCAGGCCGGUUGUUUUUAAUACAGGGUGAUCCGAGACUCUGGAAUGCGUAUGAGCAGCAAAGGGUGCUUAGCCCAUCUAUAGUGACGCUGUGCCAGGAAAGCAUUCUUUGCAGCGGUGGGCUGAGUGCUGCUCUGCUCCCGACUGUAACUGUGCUUCGUUUUGAACACGGACCUUCCGCCUGUUCUAGGUGAAGUGUUUACUGUGCCCCCCGGUGUCGCUGCAGUUUGGGGUGGGGGGGAUACGUGGCCUUACAUGUAAGACAUCUGCAUCUCGAAUAGUGACGGUAGCGUCUGGUGCUGGUAUUAGGCAGGUAAGCUUCUGCCUGGAUACAUUUUGGUAACAUAUCAAGUUUUAUGCUUAGAGAAAGUUGUAUUCAUGAAACCUCCACUUCCCACCUUGUGUGAAAAGUAAUUCUGAAAUGGGGGGGGGGAGUGUCUUAUUGAUACUUAAGUUGCUAAGAUCUUGAUUCCGCUUCCAUACUAGAAAAAAAAAGUACACUACGUUUGUAUCAGGUGGUUACCUUAAAUCAUGAACGAUGCCCGUCGAGUCUCUCCCUAGCUUAGUUUACACUCGUUUGGCACAUUUAGAAGAGAUGCAGUGAUCAGAAACAAUGCAAGAAUGCAGCAGAUGCACGGCCUGAAUAAGCACAUCACUUAUGAAAUCAGCUGAGAGCAAUGAACUGGGAUAAUAGAAAUACACAGACUGAACUGUUUUUCCCCAGCACCUAAGCCAGUGUAUCACAAAGGAUGUGCCCUGGCCUGGUGCAUGUAAAGCUUGUCCCUACGGUGAGCUAUUGUUGGGUCAGAUCUUCAAACAAUGGCACUAAGCAGUACAACCUUCCCCCACUCAUCUCCGUAGCCCAUUACCUCAAAAAUCUAAUUAGUUCCUCCUGACCUGCUAGCAUUAACCUCUUCGCUCUCAUGUUUGAAAUGCUGAGUUUACAUACUCCAAGUGCCAUCGGAAUGGAUGGCAUGUAGGGAAGAGUAUGAAAAGAUUUGAAGAUCUGUCAUGUGUUGUUUCUCAAUAUUCAAGUAAAAUCUGCUUUUAGAAAAGGCGCCAGGUAAGGGGCGUAACAAUCCUGUCUGCAAAGCGCAGGAUCACUGAUGGUUUUUGGGGUUGGUUGUUUUGGUUUUGUUUUUUUUUUUUUUCGGUUGGGCAGUAAAUCAUUUUAACAGUUCAAUAAAUAUUUCUGAAAAACAAGUA